UCAUCGAACACUCCAUCGGAACACUGUAAAUGCUUUCAUUAGGAAAGGACCUGUUGUGAAUAAAGAGCUCCAGUUUUGUAUGAUCACGUUUACCCUUUUUCGCUUUAAAUACAUGGAUACAACACUGAACAGUUUUAAUUACAUACGACUUCCUUGAAAUUAAAUGACUCGCAGGUAAUUAGGAGAAUUUAUCUGUUUUUUGUCAAGUUGUCUGAUUUGAUGACGUCAUUGGCGAUUUAUAAGCCCUUUAAGCCAUUGGCUACAAAAGUCAUUGGCGAUUUUUUUGGCGAUUUAUAAGCCAAAUAAUACUUCUCUCACGCAUUAUUCAAUAGCGAUUUUCACCGUAGGAAACCACAGGACGCCAUCGCAUGUAUACCCGCCGGACACCAAAAUUUGUGAAACAUGUCUGCCAAGUAACCUGAUGUGUUUGUGAAGAUCCGAAUAUGGAUGAGAGAAGGCCUGCUCCGUUGGGAUCUAUGCGAACCGAGCUACUUCAAAACACCCCACAGCAUUCAGGUACGGCCGCGUGUGUAGACAGGAGUGCAGCAGCAAAUGCAGCACCCUGUUACCCUCCUCAUAAUUUCGGGUUUGAUGUCGAGAAAUACCUUGUCCAAACGUCCAGCCCUGGCCAACUGGACACUCAAGCUCGUACGAAAGACUGGGUUAUAAACUCUGCACCUGUACCGAAGAAAACGUCUUCCACCUUCCAAGGAUCACCGGCAAAGGUCCGAUUCAUCGGCGACGAGGUAGAUGGAACGGAGGUCGUGUUCGCAUGUCCUGCCCCAGUGACGCCGUCCAACACAGGCUCAAAGGUGAAACCGAUGAACGUAUCAAGGCGAAAGGCCGCCAUGCUGAAAGACAUCGGAAAGAGCCAUUCCUGUGAAGGAAUCUGCAUGGAAACGAAGAUUCCUUGCGAAACGAUAUUACCAGAGGUUGAUGACGUCGCCGCGAGACCGCAUGGACGAUGUCGACGCGUCAACAGUCUUGAACGCGCCGUUGAGGAGCUGCAGGACGAACUCAGAGAUACUCGAGAGGAAAUGGCGCGCGCCAAAGCCGACAUCACUGACAUUCAAGACAUGAUGAGGUUAUGCUGGGCUCGCGGUGGAGGUGCCGUGAUCAGUGAUCGCGGUGCUGCCUCAGAAGCACCAAUGAUAGGCCAACGAUACAUCAUUAGUCCUCUGCCUAGUGACGUACUUACUAACCCAUUCGAAUCAAGAAGGUAUUCCACUCCGUUUCAGAUAGAUCGUAGUAAAGAAGUACCUCAAAGCGAUGCCGAAUGCAUGUCAGAAUAAGAUUCUUAAACGAUGAUAGUCUUCCCUUGUCACAUCAUGAGAUUGGAAAGCGAAAACCAUGGCAACUACAUGUUCUCGGAAAACAAUAAUUCGGGAAAUCACUUUGAACCUUGGUUGCUUUCUUGCACGAAACAUUUCAAGCUCAAUCAUUUCCUAACGAGGGCUGGUCAAGGACGUAUAACAUCUAACAUGACGAUUGUUAUUUUUGUCAUAUUCCUAAUGAACUGUAAUGAACUGUAGUUAAUGGCAAUGUUCUUAUUAAUAUAAAACAACUUUAAUAACUCGAUAAAUUAAAAAGACAAAACAUUUCUUAUAUUUACUGGAUUUUCUAUAAUUUUUAUAUUGAAAUUAGAAUAAGAUAACAGUGUUGUAUGCUUGACUGGUGAUGGAAGGUUUAAAUUAUGAAGGGUAUAAUGAAAGAUUUUUUGUUGUUGUUGUUGUUGUUGUUGGAGUCCAAGAGAAUCGAUAAUUUUGUUGGGGUUGAGACGGAGAAUCGUUUUUCGUUUGAAAUUUCGAGCGACAUGCUUGUACAUGUAGGUGGAGUUUGUAUAGUAUCUCAGAAACUAUAAAGUUGGUCAAGUCCAUAUAGUUAGAGUGAAGGGUAAUAGCGACUAGGAAUUGAAACUCUGUAAUGAACGGUGAGAAGGUAAUUAAAAGCGUGAUAUUGAUCGUAUUUAGAAGAUAGCAAAAUAAUUUUAAGGUAGCGGUUCUCAUUUGCUUUCACGGAGAUAAUCUUCUUCACUGAUAGAGUGACCCAAAACGUUAUUUCCGGCAUGGUGAGUUAAUUUUUUACUAUGGAUCGGUGACGAUGCUUAUACUGCUUGUAAUGUUUCUUCUCUAUAUGUUCAAAUAACCAAGAAGUAUUCUUGAUAAUAUAUAUUUUAUCAUAUAUAUAGAGAGAUUUAUUAUGUUAUCGUGAAAUGUAAAUUUGCAUUAUGACUAUGUGGACAUUUUGUCAGAUUGUGUUGUACAUAUCUUUUAACUUGAACUAUAAAUGUAAAUACAGAGAGAUUAAAGUGAAGGUUUUCAAAUAAAAA